AUGAGUGGAAUGAGUGUUCGGUUUCUGUUAUCCUCAUACUUCUGUAUUUCAGAGGAUGUACAAUCACAUCAUAGAGAUAGACUAUUACCAUUGAUAUUUUGAUCACAGAAGAUGUCUGAGGCGAGUGGUGACAGCAACGACAGUGAAGUUGCGAGAAAGGCGGAGUUGGAGGCUAAAAUCCGGAAGCGUGUGGCAUACGAGGAGAGAGCAUUCAGGAUUGUGGAAAAACUCCUGGACAACACUGUUACUUCAGAGUACCUGGCAGAUUGUGGCCUGUACAUCACACCAAGUCACUAUGCUGAUAUUGUGGAAGAGAGAGCUAUCAUCAACACUUGUGGGUAUCCAGUCUGCAGUAACGUCCUCGGAGCAAUUCCACAGCAGAAGUACUUCAUCUCUACAAAGUCUAACAGGGUGUAUGACGUCACAGAAAGAAAGAAUUUUUGCAGUAAUAAGUGCUUCAAGGCUUCCAAGUAUUUUGAGAAACAGAUAUCGACAACCCCGGUGUGGUUACGAGAGGAGGAGAAGCCAGUAGAAUUGAAAGUUCUAGAUCCCACUCAAAACCUGGGCAGUCCAGGUUUUGAGGUGGUUGGAGUGGGUGUCAAGUCGAGUUUACUUAAGGAGUUGUCAGUCCUAGAGAAACUUGACAGCACUGAGGACCAGUCAGAAAAAGGACAGAAGCAAUCAACAAAUGAACCUGAAGUAGACGGCUCAACAUCGGCACGGCUGUCAUCAAGUAUAACAGCAAAAUCAUCACCAGAGCAUGUGACGUCAACAAAAAGUGCAGGCGUCACAGACGUGUCGUUGGAUGUUUCAGGAGGCACACGUGUGACGGAAGGUCUGGGAGGAAAUACCAAAAUUGAAAAUUCGAUGGUAAAUACUGUCAAAAAGAGUUCAGAAGGGCUUGCAGAAGUUGAUACCUUAGCUACAUCUUUAUCGGAUAAACUGAACAUUAAUCCCUGGUCGGAAAAUUUUGAGGGCUCCAACAAAGCAUGCUCAGUGAAGAAGAAAGCGCCAGAUGAAAGUUCGCCAAAACAUGAGGAAAGGCAAGGUGUUGCGAUAGGCGGAGCCUCUUCAAAAACAGAUUAUCUUAUGCAGCUUUUAAGCAGGAGAAAAAAGCUGCUUUCUAGUAUGAUAGACGAUCAACCUACCCAAUCACUGGGACAGAAAAACUCCAGUACAGAGAUCAAACCACACCCAGCGAAAUGUGAAGAAAGUCUGGAGAUUAAAGAAAAAAGUGUUACUUUUGAUAGCAAUGAAAGUUUGGAACCAGAAAACAGGAAUAAUCUAAAUAUACAAACUCGUGGUGUAAUGGCAAACUUUGCAAGUUCUCCAGUUAUCUCUACAGAAGUACCAGAAUCUAAAAGAGAUUUUGAAAAACAGUGCCCUGGCAUGCAUCCACAAUUGGUGCAGAUUUAUUGUAAAGUGUUUGAAUGGGUGUCCAAUGACACUUUGAAAUACCUAGGUGUUGCUCAUUCACCAGAGAUGGAAGAUAGUUUGGGAAGAAGAGCUGAGAAGAAAGGUGCAUCAGAAGAGACAAAUCAGUUGGAAUCAUUUGGAAUGGAUUCCGGAAAGGGGAAGAAUAAUGAUGGCAAACAGUUGGAGAACAAGCUUUCUCAAAAUGCUUCAGUAAGCGGACGUCUUCCAGAGAAAGAUAGAGAGUUUACCCAAAAAGUGCUGCAAUUCUAUAAAGGGACUUCCAAACGUGCCACAACUGCAGAAGACACAGAGCACCCCGUGGUUGAGCCAAUCCUACCCCCUGUGGACUCCAUAGCUCAGACGAGGAUCAGACGGAAAAUAGUUUUGGAGAAGUUAGAGAGAAGCAUGCCUGAGAUGUUAGCUCCUCUGGGGCUGGUCAUACAGCAUAUCUCCUCUGAGCUCCGUGAACUGGUCUCCACAUUCAGUUUAACAAGUACCAAUAUCACUUUCAAGCCAGGAGAGUGGACUUUGGUUGCACUACUGCUAGUGAAAAUGUUGAGUCAGAAAAUACCACAAAUACAAAAGAGCUUCGAAGAUGGGAGGUCACUCCAUUUCUAUUAUGUGUUUCUCGCAAACCUUGGGUGCUCAUUGGAUGAAUUGGACAAAAUAUUACACAUUCUUCUGAAAACCAAACCUAGGGACAUUGAGGCGAAAGCGCAAGCUUACACAUAAUUAUUGUUCACUGAAGAAAUCAGAAAGUAUUUUGUGAA